UACGCGCGUCGAGGCCAACGUUCGACGACGGCUUCUUGUCUUUGUGGAAAUUGUGUUAAUUGCCCCCUUAAUAAAAAGCGCUCGCUGACGCAUGAAAUGGAUGCGUUGCUCUCCGGUGGCCAGAAGUGGAACCCAAACAGGAGCCAAGCGUGUUAGAAGCAACAUUUCAAGAGCCCAGACAACCGGCCGCAACACACUCCUAUUCUAAAGAGUAGGAGGAGGAGGAGGACGGUAGACAGGCAGACAGACAGACCAGAGAAUGACACAAGCGACGAUGGAACGUCUUAAGGCCAAGGCGCCGGCACGCCAUAAAAUCAGCGCUCGAAAGCGAAGACAGCGUCAAAUUGUCUAUUGGGCCAUAUGCAGUUUUAGCCUGAUAGUGUUCGGCUUCGCCUUGGCCACCUUAAUAAGGCCAGCACACGCAGCAAAUGUAGCAGCAGCAGUUGGGGCAAGAGGCGCAGAGGAGUGGCGAGAAGAGAAGCCGGGCCAGCUAGACUCUGACUCUGACUCGUCCCUGGCCAAUUUCACGGACUACAAAUCGAAGGCCAACUAUACCAAAGAACCAAAGCAAUCCACUAAGGCAAUGGACCCCGUUUAUAAUUUUACACGUUACUUGUUCGAUUACCUCUUGCCCGAAGAGGCAGCUAUUCCACCGGGUUACAUUGUGAUCAAGGAGGACAGCAUCGCUUUGGGCCCGAAGGUGGAGGAUAAUGAUUGGCGCGAGCUGCUCAUGCAGUAUUGGGUAGUGCUCAUUGCCACUUUUUUGAUGGUUGCCCUCGUCGUCAUCAUGCCCUUUAUAGCCAUCUGCUAUUGCUGCUUCUGCUGCUGUCGCCGUUGCAAGGAGGGAUGUCCACCCUGCGAUAGUCAAAAGGACGCGCGCAGACGCUGCUGCUGUGGCCUGUUCCUCCUCCUGCUAAUCAUUGGAAUUCUUUUUGGUGUGAUCAUUGCUUUUGCGACCAAUAAACUGUUGGAUCGUGGCUUUGAGGAGACGAGCACAACUGUGCGACGUGGCAGCCAGGAUACCUGCACCUAUCUCAAGGAUGUCUCCGAUCACAUUCACCAUCUGCUUGUCAAUAACUAUGAAGAGAUGGAUAAGCAUCUAACCGACAAACUAACGAACUUACAUAAAACCAUAUUCCUCAAUUUAAUGAAUGCAUCGGAGGCGAAUGCAGUUUAUGAUCUCGAACGCAUAUUGGACAACAUGGAUGAGGCGCAAAAGCUAAUUAGGGAAGUGGAUAAAUUGGAAAAGGAUUUGCGGUUCUAUGCCAAACAGUUGCAAGAUGGUGUUCGUGGCGUUAAGCGUGAUGUGAACUAUGCCUGUGCUGUGCUCUGCGGCAAUCGGGAAUGCUUACACUUUUUGAAGCGAACGGAAAUUGAGUUCCUCGAUAGUUCGAAGUGUCUACAAUUUGAUGACCUACCGGAUACCACGUACUAUCUGAAGGCCAUGGACUAUAUCAUUACGAAGAACAGUGCGAAAACAUCCAAGGAAGUUAUUGAUCGACUGCAGCAUGUGGGCAAGAGGAUUAAGGCUGGCAUUGAUCCGAUUAUACCACCGAUAAUCCGUGAUAUUCGCAGUGGACAGGAUCUGUUCCGCACUCAGGCGAACAAUAUACGCAGCAUGAUCGAUUCUGUCAUCAGUAAAAUACAUUUAAAUACAGUUCGAUCGACGAAAUCGUUUGAGGAUGUCUACGACAAAUAUGGAGCCGAUCGUAGCAUCAUCAAUGUCAUCGUUUGUGUCGUCCUAUUGAUUAUUCUAAUUGUGCUGAUUAUUGCACUGGUUUGCGGCUGCUGUGGACGUCGUCGUCGGGGAUAUCGUGAUGAUUGCUGCAGCAAGGGAACAGGAGCAUCCUGCUUGUUACUUGCAAUAUUGUUGAUAUUCUGCGUGUUCUCGCUUGUGGUUCUCGUUGGCGCGUUUUACUUUGUUUUUGGCCUGGCCACCUAUCAGGGUGCGUGUGCCCCACUCCGAGAUCAGGAAGCGAAUGCGUUAUUCCGUCAACUGGACUCGGCCAUUGAUCUCAAUCGGUAUUUGCCAAAGAGCGAACUCAAAUCGGAGACACCAUUGCCCCCGCUGCGCAUCUCGAGUGCCAUCAAAGCCUGUCAGGCGGAUCAGUCGAUCUUUAAAUUGCUCAAAGAUAACGAUCUGUAUGACAUUGAGGAUCUGGCGAGGGUUAAAGUUAUCGGGGAGACGCCAGCCGUGCCCAUUUUCCUGGCCAAUCUGGACAAUUUCACAAUACUCACAGACAAGGAUAAGCGUGAUUUGGAGGCGUUGCGCAGCAGCAACUUAUCGAGCUACCAAAGUAAAGUUUAUACGGAUCACUUGUGCAAUCAAUUGACGCCCAUUGAUUUGCCCACAUUGGCCAAUCAAUUGAAGGAGUUGCGCGCCAGUCUCUGGAGUCAGUGGGGCAUCUUUGAUUGGGCCCGCACCUCGCUGUACAACGAAGCCUACAAUCUGCAGAGAUAUCACGAGGAGUUCGUCGAUAAGAUCAAAUCGAUAAUGAGCAACAUGACGCAAAAACUAUUGAAAAUCGAUCAACUUAUUUUGUAUAAUGGCAAUGCAUUUGGUGAAUCGAUUAAACUGCUGCAGGCAUCAACGGAACGCUCGGAAGUCUUCUUCCGAGUUCAUGGCCAGCAAUAUGUGAGUGAACUGCGCGAGAAUCUCACCAGCUCCAUCAAGGAGCAGGUCGUUAAAUAUAUCGAAAUGGUUGUGGAGAAGUGUCAGGGAAAUGUCGGAAAAUGCGCUCCACUCGCCAACGUUUAUCGCCGCAGCGUCGACUUGAUUUGCCACCGUCUUGUCGAUCCAAUGAAUGGUUUCUGGGUUGGCGUGCUGCUCUGUGGAUUGCUCUUCCUGCCCGUGCUCUUUGUGUCCCACCGCCUGCUGUGCUUGUACAAGAAGAUUGAUCCCUAUUCGGCGCCAGCUGUGGCCGUUGUGGAGGGCGGCAGCGACUACUUGUACGAUGCGUAUAGCGAACGCGAGCGCGAGCAUGUGCCACUGGCCAAUGUGCCCAAGAAGCGACGCAAGGCGUACGAGAGACGGGCGAGGGAGCAACAGGAUUACUAUGAGGAUGCUUCGCCAAGUGUGUCGAGAGUGUCGCGUUCAGCUGGCGCUGCUUCGGGCGCUGCCAACGGUGAUGGUCCAUCUGCUGGUGGCAGCAAUAUGCGCUAUAAUGAUGUGGCACCCACGCACUGGGAUCAUGAGCCGCCACGUUAUCACAAUCCGCCCGUGGCGCCGCCAGCAUCCGAAUAUGAGCGUCCACCUCCCUACUAUUAUCCAGGUGCCUCGGACCAGGAUUAAGUGGCUAAAAGACAUACAGACGACAGAGAGGAUUGAAUGGAGAAGAAGAGUUGGCAAAUCAUACGCAAGGAUUUCAUUUUGAAUACUGGAAGCAACAGCAAAAACAACAGCAACAACAAGAAACAACAAACCCAUUUUACUGAGACUGUAAUUUUAGUUGAAAAUUAGGUUUUUUAUUUAGAGUUAUUAUGUAAUUUGUAGCAUCACAAUGUGUUAUAAUAUUUCUUUUGUGGACUGUAUCAGACGAUCUGCCAGACAAUGAUAAAUAUGUGGAAUGCGCGGAAUAGUGAAAACCUAGUUUAUAAGCACAGAUCGAUAACGAAGGCAAGUUCGCAUCGUAGUAAUACUCCCUAUAUAGAUAUAUACAAUAUUGUUUAAAGUUUACACAUUAAAAAUGUUGCCAAAAGAGAAAAGCAAAGUGGAAGGCGGAAUGCGGAAAGCGGAUUGAAAGUGAUGCAAUUGGGUUGAAAUCAAUAUGAAUAUGCACAGCUAAAGCAUUUAAUAAGUUAGUGUUCAAAACAAAACAAAAAUUUAAAAAAAAAAAAACAAAAACAAAUAUCCCAAACGGAACUUUAAAGAAAAAAGGAAGACGCUCACGAACUUGAAAGUAUCUCAUUAAUUUAUUGAGCACCCCACAAUAAUCAAUAUACAAUUAAUAAAACUUGAAAACUUGACGACAAGUGCCAGAGAUAAAAACUGUUUCAAAUCAAAACAAAACCAGAACUGCCAUUUUAAUUUAGUGAAUUCAGAGCAGAUCAGAUAAAUCUCACAAGUUUUCGACUCUUGUUUUAUUUUUAUAUAUACGACAAGUGUUUGUAUUUAUUUUCCAAGAAACUAAUACACUACACUAAUACAGACGACUUCCUUAACACACCGCCUGGUCCCCCAUAAUAUGUAUUUACUUUAAAUUGUCAUAGUUAAGUAAGACAAUAUUUCUCAAACUCAACUCCAUAAUAAUGUUUUCUAUUAAAUACUUAUAUUCAAAAUCAGGGCAAACUGCAAGUAGCCAAAAUACAAAAAAAAAGAAUGCACACAUACACCUAUACACCUACACAC